CCUUUAAAAUAGUGAAGCGGAAGGCAUCUUUAAAUUUAUAAACUCUAUGGAUGAAAGAGGCUUCAACGGCUUUCUCUCAGCGCCGUUUUGGCGCAUAUGCGUUGAUCAGCGGAACUAAAAUAUUGAAUCGUACCUUUUCGUGUGAUGUGUUGAUGAUGAUCUGAAACAUCUUUGCUAAAUAUAAUGCGCGUAUUUUCAUACGAUAUAUGGAAAAAAUGUUCGCAUAGUAUCGUUCAAUAAAAUCUAGUGGAGAAAUAAUAAUUUCAUUAUUUAAAUAAUUAAAAUCGAAAAAUUCGUGGUACAUUAUUCGACAUGGAUAGAAGAAAAAUGUCUACAGCAGGGGAUUCCCUCUACCAAAUUUUGGAAAUCCCAAAAACUGCCACUUCGGAGGAGAUUAAAAAAACGUAUAGAAGAUUGGCUCUGAAAUAUCAUCCUGAUAAAAAUCCUAAUAAUCCGGAAGCAGCUGAAAAGUUUAAAGAAAUAAAUAGAGCGCAUGCUAUACUGACAGAUUUAACAAAACGUAAUAUAUAUGAUAAUUAUGGAUCUCUGGGUCUAUAUGUUGCGGAGCAGUUUGGAGAAGAAAAUGUUAAUGCUUACUUUGUUGUCACCUCUGGAUGGUGUAAGGCACUGUUCAUGUUUUGUGGACUAAUUACCGCUUGUUACUGUUGUUGCUGUUGUUGCUGCUGUUGCAAUUUCUGUUGCGGUAAAUGUAAACCAACUCCUCCUGAAGAUAGCGGCGCAUACCAUAAUUUACAGCGGAACCCGAAUCCAGAGGCUGUUGUGACAAAUCAACCGAGAGGUUUUGGCAAGGAGGAUGAAAGUGAUGAUGAUGCUGUGACAGCUCAACCUCAAAGUGGUGCAUCGCAAAACGCAUCUAAUAUACAGCAACCUAUAUUUGCCAUGCCUGCACCAGGAUCAGCGAUACCGGCGUCAACAGUUAACGAAAGCACGAAUCUAAACAGCGGCGGUGAACGCGUGAUUUAUACCACUGCGGCUGCUACAAAUCCAUUUAUAGGAGCCAAUGCAGCUUCAACUGAUACCGGACCAUCCAGAUGGUAGACUGAGCACAUGGAACAUUAUGGACAUUCAAUUUAUAUUUCUUAUAGUGUCGGAUCUUUAUAAUAGCUCAUUAUUAAUAUAGAUCAUUGUUUUGAUAAUGUAUAGAUGCUGCAGUUAGUUUAAUAUAAUAACUCU